AAUAAUUGAUCAGACAAAAAACAAAAACUCUAGUGUUAAUUAAAUGUUAAAUAAAAAUGAAAGAAAAUAUUUUUGUCAGUUGAUUUAAAAUGUUCGGGCCCCAAAGUGUUUAGAUAAUGGGGGUAGUGGACCUCCUGCUAUUUUAGUUAGGGACCCCUGCCAUAGACCUAUCCUAAAUGUUUAAAAGGAAGUAUAAUAGGUCACCUAUAACAAUGGCAAUAAUCCUUUACAUAAAACACAAAGCGCUGAGUUUGUUCAAAUGUUCUAAUGACAAAGAAUUUCUUUCUUUCUUUCUUUCUUUCUUUCUUUCUUUCUUCCACGCUCCAAUUUAGCAACUCUAGUCCCUUCAACUGCGUUACUCUAUAUUGAGACAGAGAGUCUUUAACAUUUCAGAUUUAUGAGACCUUGAUUUUGUUUGUGAAAGUACAAAAAAAAUUGUUUUUUCAAAGCCCUUUGGCAAAGCAGUGUUUACUGGCCAAACACAAGUAAAAAAAUAAUACUACAAUACAUUUUAGUUUUUAAUGUUACAUCAUAAGAGGUUUUGUUAUUUAGUUUACCCAAAAACUUACUAAUAAGAUUGUAUGAACGAUCGCUAAAAAACAACUUUACAGACAUUUUCCAAUCACACGGGGAAAAAAACAUAAUAAAACAAGACCGUAAAGUUGAGGCUAAAUCACCGAGACAGAAAUGUUUACACCAUUACAGGGCUUUGCAAGGACAUGUCCGCUAUCUCCGUUAACUUUCUGUGUCGAGUCCCUGAGGAAGAGGCUGCAUCCCGUCCUUGUGGGGAAGGCUGCAGCCUCUGUAAUCACCUCUUGUCUCCUGUGUGCGGUGUCCCGGCGGACGCUCCGGCGGUGACAAACCGUGUGCUGCAGUCCACGUCCGCAGCGUGCGGCGGACAGACACGCCGUCAAUCCAAUGAAAUCGCUCGACAUAUUGAGGUUGUCAAAUCAAAGCGAAAGAGGAGGCGCCGUCCUCGUCGUCGUCGGAAUGACGUCAUGCACAAACAGCUGGUCGCUGGCAGAUAAUCAGAAAAAAUGUAGACCAGCAGAGCGCCUGAGACCUGCAGCCGGGCUGGAGCCCCCCUCAUAACGCGUUCGGCAUUUAACGAUGUUGCAGCUGGAGCGUCGGGGCUCGGGAUGUAGCCCUCCGAGGCUCCUCUUGCUAAUUUACACCUUUUUCUGCGCUGUUGGAGAUUGCCUUUUUGUGACUGAUUACUUCACCCGUACGCCUCGUAAGCUGAAUGCUUUCAAUUCCUUCGCCAGUGUGGAGCUGUUCCACUUCAAUGUGCCUGAAGACACAAUGAUGGCCGUCUGGAACCUCAUCACCUUCAAGGAGCAAGGGGGCACAUUCGGGGACAACUGCCCAAACCGCAAUGUGACAGUAUAUUUCAGGUCAGGAGCCCCACCGGUGAUCAACCCCCUUUAUACCAGAUUCCCUCGGGAUACGGUCGUCCCGGGGUCCUUUGCUGUGACCCUGACCUGGACUCUUCCAAACCGAACAACCGGAGCGUUCAACGUGACUAGCCCUCUCCCUGGAGACUGGUUCUUAGCCGCACAUUUACCCAAGGAUGAGGGCAAGAUCUCAGUCAAGGGUCUGUCUGAGGAAUGCCAGUAUCUGUUCCAACCUCAGCUCAUUGUCCAGAAACUGAUUGGAAUUUCAGUGCUUUAUCCUGGAUACUUCAUUGACCAGAUGAUCCCAAUCCAUAACAGAUCAGCACUUUACAAGGUUUUCAUUCCCAAUUAUAUAUCGAAGGUGAAGGUUCAGCUGGUAAACUGCAGCACCAAACACAAAAGCAACGACACCUGUCCCGUGGUGCUGAAGAUGAGAGCACGGGCGCCGCCGGUGCACAACUCGAGUGCCCUUGACUGCAGGGAGUGGGAUCUGUGUGAAUUAGUCACCCUCGUACCUGCCUGGGAGCAAUGGUACUACAUCCUCGUGGAGAGGUAUCUGAGUAACUCCGACGUCUACUUUCGCAUAGGCGUGCAAGUCACAGAUUGCUCCAAACCCAGUUCAUCGAAGGAGCAAUUACAGUCCAGCUCGUCCAUGAACAUGCCACAGUCUUUUGGAACAGCGAUGGGAUUCUCCCUGUCUGACACGCUCCUGAUGGCAGCGCUGCCUUCCCUCUCUCAGAACGCUAGCCAUCUGCACACCGCAGAGGACAGCAUCAUUUACCUCGCCCCCACAGCAGACACAAACAAAUGCUGGCCCAUCCGCCCAACCCUGCGUAACGAGCUAGACACUUUCUCUGUGCACUUCUACGUCUUCUUUGGUCCAAACAUAUCCAUUCCACCAGAUCGGGCUGCCGUGUUCGCCAUCAACUUGAUGCCUGUUUUAGACAGUGGAGGGGUCCUUAAUAUGGAGCUAAAGUUAAACCUGUCUAUGCUGAAGGGAGCGAAUCUGACAGUGUUCGGCUGCCUUAAUCACGGAAUGCCUCUCUUCUUGAGAGAAAAUUCAUCCCUGAAAUGUGAAUCAGAAUCUGUUGCUGGGUUUUUCCUCUCUGUGAACAUAUCCUCUAAUAUUACCAAACUGCGAAUUCCCUACCCACAAACAGGAACCUGGUACCUCAGUCUGCGCUCUUUAUGUGCCACCGAACACGGGUUUAAAGCGUGCACCAAUGUAACAGCAGAAGUGUAUAUGCGUGCGUACCUGACUCCAUGCAUCAAUGACUGUGGGACGUAUGGACAGUGCAAGCUCCUACGAACCAACAACUACCUUUAUGCUGCAUGUGAAUGCAAAGCAGGCUGGAAUGGCUGGGGCUGCACCGACAACUCCGAAGCAUACUCUUACAGCUUCCAGCUUCUCUCCACCCUCCUGCUCUGUCUCAGCAACCUGAUGUUCGUCCCGCCUGUGGCCAUUGCCAUUAGAAGUCACUACCUGCUGGAGGCUUCAGUCUACAUCUUCACCAUGUUCUUUUCCACUUUUUACCAUGCGUGUGACCAACCUGGUAUUGUGGUCUUUUGCAUUAUGGAGUAUGACGUCCUGCAGUUUUGUGACUUCCUUGGGUCCCUUAUGUCAGUGUGGGUCACAGUUAUUGCUAUGGCAAGGCUAAAAUCCAUCAUCAAACAGGUGCUGUAUCUGCUGGGGGCGAUGUCUCUGUCCAUGGCUCUGCAGCUGGACCGUCACGGUCUGUGGAACCUGCUGGGACCUAGUCUGUUUGCGCUGGGCAUAAUGGCUGUGGCAUGGACGGUGCGGACCAUCCGCCGCCGACGCUGCUACCCGCCCACCUGGAAGCGUUGGGUCUUCUUCCUGUUCCCUGGCACCAUGAUCGCCACAUCCGCUGUGGCUCUGUACGCCUUCGUGGAGACGGAGGAGAACUACUUCUACAUUCACAGCAUCUGGCACAUGCUGAUCGCAGGGAGCGUGGGCUUCCUUUUGCCUCCUCGCGCCAAGCCAGAUGCCAAAGUGACCCCGCUGAAGCGCAAGCGGGGGUGCGGCUAUCAGCUGUGUGUGAACGAACACGAGGAACUGGGCCUGGUGGACCCGGGCAUCAUAACCAUCAACAGCAUCUGUACCAGCUGAUAAACUCCACAUUCACAACUUUUUACCUUAGAGACACGUCAUUGCCUUCUUUUAGUGCAGAAAUUCACACAUGGAAAUUAAGCCACAGAACUUUAAAAAAGAACGAAAAAACAAACUAUGUAAAUACGUAAAUCCUGAUGUGACACUGAAAAUUGUUUCUGUUGUAAUGGACAUGGUAAUUAUGAUCAGUAUGUAAUAAUUAUCUAUAGAUAAAGUUCUGAUGAAAUGUGGGUGUAUAGUGACACACUGUUGUUUGUGAAUAUGUAUUUAAAGUCAAAGCUGAAACACUGCUGCUAUCUGACGGUGACUGUAAAUCUGCUUCUUUUGGUUAUUUAUUGCUGGUCUUGUAAGCAGGCCUGCUGUCAUGUGGGAGGGUGGGGGUCACAGGUGAAUGGUGGACACGGGCGGACAUUCACCAAGGGCACGGCUUUUCUGAAAUUCUUUAAGAUAUCUCUUUUGCACUGAGACACAAAAAUGUUAGUCUGUACAUUUUUAUAACAACAAUGGGCAUCACAAAUGUAAAACCUAGGAGUCAUGUGGAAUGGUAGACUGUCUUUUCCAAUGUAUCACUUUAACACAAUGUGUUGAUUGUUCGUGAAGGAAAGAAAUCCCAAAGUUCUUGAAAGAGAAGAGGGAGGAAUACUUAAAAGGAUAGUUUUAAAUGAGAUUGAUGGGGUAUUUUUGCCAGUAUCUUACCUGAGGUUCACAGCAUUCUGAAUGACCUCAGACUAAAAAUGUGGGUUCGUUGGUUCCACAGGGCAUUUUUGGUGCCAUGAACAUGUCCAGAGGGAGUAUCUGGCACCACAUAAGAAAUACUAAUGGAGUCAAACAAUUUUCCUGCUGCUGCUUUUUCGUGUAUUUAAUCUCUCAUCACCACAGAAGCUCAAUGCACCUUUUAUAUUUUGGAGAAUAGCUAACUUUUAUGUUUGAAAUAAACAAUAUUUCAAAUAAAGUGUUUAGAUGGAGCAAAGUACAUUAAAAGUAUGAAAGGCCUAUUUAAAUAAAAUAUAUUUAUUUUAAACACUUUUGCUAAAAAGAAGAAUUUCUGCAAAUUUAAUGCCACAAGCUGUUACACAGCCAAAAUGGUCAUCAAAUAAAAGUUCAACUAAAUGUUUAAAGGGCCGGCAUAAGGGUUAAACAUCUGUCAGAUGCAAAACUGACUGGGUGUAAAAUUAGAAUUAAAAAUGUUCAAGGAACCACUUUUAAAAUUUUGAAGAUUUGGCUCCCUCUUGAGAAUUCCUCCCCGAUUCUCCAAACCGACAAUCUUAUUUUUGUCCACUUAAGAUGCUGGCUACUCUUAUCUACUCCUCAAAACCCAUCUUCAAAAACAACAGGCUAUCCCUUUAAGAGACCUCAAAUAGAAACCUCACCUCUCCACUCUUUUCUGACAGGACCUCUGUGACGCCACAUUCAUGAACAAUAAAUGUUUUCUUUCUUUGCCUCAGUAUUACUUUGCUGCUCUCAAAGCUUUUAAAUGCUGUACACCAGAUGAAAUCUCUCACAAAGACAUGAUAUUGCCUUUCUAGACCCUAAUGGAAGCCAGUGGUUCUUUAGACAGUGGGAUGAGAUGCUGUCAGCAGCAUCCUCCCAGGAAUAGAGCAGGAGUGGAGAUAAAUAAUUCUCCUACACAAGCAGCAGUCUGAAGGCAGUUUUAAAGAAGGCUGUUGAUACGUGUUUUUUUGUCUUCCUUUGGAAGAAAAAGCAGAGUUGUGAGACUUUUAUGAGUCUCUGCUAUAUUCCCCUUAGGUGUGAUCCAUCAUUUCUUGUGCACACCGGAUAGUUUUUACGUGAAUAUUUCAGAAAGGAUGAAAAGAUUUAUUAUUUUAGCAAUGCAUAUCCUAUGGUGCAAGGUAAAUGGUUACUGUACCUGGGCUUGAUGUCACACAUGGUGGAAACGAUGGCUGUUAAAGGUAUAGGUUGACAUUUAGGAAAAUGUGCUUCACUCCCUCUCUCGUCGUGGACGGAUUGCUAUUGCUCUCCUUUAUGUUAACAUAAAGCUUUAGCUGGAAGAAAAAAACAAUUAGCUGAGAACAAAAGACUUAAAAUGAGGAGAAACAUUUCAGCUUGACUGUAUCUGUUCAGUCUGCACAAAUGAAAAUCUUUAGAGUUAUGGUUCCCAUAGUUUCAAAUUUAACAAACAAAAAAUGCAGAAUUGGUAUCGAUUUUCCUUGACAAUAAAGUAGACGAGCACAUUUGCCAAAAUGUCAAUCUAUUCCUAUAAGCACUAUAAAAUUUGUAAUAAAAAAAAAUGUUAGGCAUAUUUUUAAUAAUUUAGCCAGUUUUUGAAACCAAAGCUAUGAAUAAGUCACAUACAUGCAUACUAAUAACCCAGAUUUAUAGCACCCUAUUUCUUUUCGAUUUGUAAGCACAGGAUUUUUUCAUAAAAUAGGUUGCAGGAAUACUCCAAAGCCAACACUGCUGCAGCUAAUUACACCAGAUUUCGCCCUGUGUUUGCCUUUUCAGCUUUAAAAACAUGACAGAAUGAGGUCAAAGGAGGCCAAACAAAGUCCCUAUAUUUACUGCUUUUCUCUAUCUGUUCAAAGAUUCUAGGGGAUUGUAUGACUUUAGCACUAAAUAAGAAAGAGGCCGCAUGAGUAAUGCAAAAAGCUUUAUGCUUUUCAUAAAAUUUAGAUGAAUAAUACCUUGAUGUCAAUUGUGAUAUUUUAAUUUACUGAGGAUUUUACAUUAACCAGAAAAAGGUACAUCCCACACAAUCUUGCUUUCAGAUGCCCAUCAAAAAUAAAUGUAAAUUAGCCCUCUCCUAUUUUUUCAGAGCAAGCUCAUGAUUAAAGAUGUGUGCCCGAAAUCAUCAUGUCAAUAAUAAAAAGAGAAAAGUGCGGGGCAAUGCAUAAAAUAAUUUUAAAUGUUUAAACCAGUUUAAAACUUCAUGAAGCUGUAUAUAUUUCAGUGUACUUCUCAGUGCCGUCCAUAAAAGGCCAAGUAAUGGAAAUUCCUGUUGUAUGAAACUCAGUAUUCCAAAUGGACGGUGUACCUCUUAGCAUGAAGAAAAGGCCUGUAACUGUGCCUAAUGAGACAAAUCAGACCCAAAUGACAAGGUUUCAGAUAUUACAAUUUCAAACAGCUGAUAUUCCUUGAAAUAAACCUCACAUGAAAUCAAAGCUAACACCCUCUUUGUAUUCAUGGGUUCCUUUCUAACAUAACACAAAUAUUAUUUCAAAACAGCACACCCAACAUCACAAGAGACUUUUCAUCUGGACGUUUUGUGUUUGCUUAUUUUCUUUGGGUAACUUUGCUGAUUUGAGCUGCUACUGAUGGGCUUUAGAUCUCAAAUGUGAUACCAUACAUGUCACCAAAACACAAGUUUGUAUAGAUUUAUUUGAUAUGGUUCUUGGUACUUAGUGCCAUAGCUUCCGCAUGUUUGUCCAAUUUAUUGUAGAAGGAAUAUUGCUCCAGAAAUCAUGCUUUAUGAUCAUGGAUUAAUUUACUGAGCAAAUCCAGCUAUAGAGUGCAAAAAUCCAACAUAUUAUAAAGCCAGAAAAAUCUUGAAGGAUGAAAAAAUUACAUUUCAGUUGACUUCACAUAAUUUGAGUCUUUGGAAGCAAGUCUCUCUAUAAUGUAGCAACACUACCACAGAUGGACGAUGACGUGUCAGUUGGACAGAAUCACAGGAUUGCCUAUUGCAAAAUAGCUUUCUAAUGUACUCUGACUCAUAGGCCAGGGGUUGCGUUUUCGACAGUUUUUUUUAAAUGGUAAAAAUUUCAAGGCUAUCUGUCAUUUACACAGAUUGCGAUUCACACCCCUGACCACUUGGAGAGUUAGCAUAUCACUUAGCUGUUUUCUUAGUUAAUGCAUGACCUUGUUGGAUUGACUCAGAGUUCAAAUCCUCAUGAGCCUCUGCAGCAAUCCCGCUCAAGACAUUUGAUUACUCACAAGCAGGUGUGCACUAUUUAGGUUCUUGCGCAGCAGAAGGAAGUUGUAAGACCACAGUUCAGGCCACAGCAAGCAAGCUGUUCAUAUUUUAAGUGCAAUCGUUUCAGCAUUGUCUAUGUGUAGUUACUGGGACCACAGUCAAUAAAAAGAGAUUAUGACAGGAUUUUUUGACCCUGUCAGGUGUAACCAUUUUUUGGAAAAUAAUAUUGUGAGGAUUCUUACUUUCCCUAAAGAUUCUAGAGGAAACGAGAUUUGUACAAUAAAAUGUUGAAGAGGUCAUAUUUUAUGUUUUGCCCCAGGUUUGUAAAACAAAUUCCAUGUGUGUCUCAAAGCAAGGCUGAGCAAGUUGUACACAACAUGAUUAUUGCUAUGCCUAGCAGUGAGUCAGAAGCUGAAACCAGAUAACCACAUGUAUUUUGUAAGCAUGAAGUUUUUUAAUUAGGGACAAAUGUUUUGUACUUUUUGUGCGUCCACUGUCAGUACUAACCCUCUCUCUCUGAACAUGUGAUAAUUAGCUGAAGCAGCAACUUGUUUUUUCUGUGUUUGACUGAGCAACAGACUGUACAUCAGUGUUUUGAACUUCAUCCCAAACACAUGUGGAGCAUUUGCUUUUAGUGACUGUAUAGUACCAUACAAAGAUUUUGUGAGAAAACUAACUGUAGAUAGACUUAUAGAGUUUAAGUGGUGGGACUGACUGCAUCCUGCAAAUAUAGCAAAUAAAAAUAAAAGCUACAUUUCUGUAGUGCUUUAUGAA